AUGUAUCCGCUUGUGGUACGUGGUGAAUACAGGCUCAUUGGGAUUGUUCGAGUUUUGGAGCAUUUGGUUCGGGAUCGAGGAGUUGGGGAAUUCCUUCUGGAAGGGAAGGUAAAACGGCUUCUUCAAGCCAUCAACAAGGUCUGCACCAAUCUCCUCGAUAAAGACAACAAUGCCUCUGAGUCGGCGCCCACACCGGAAGAACCACAGUCAACAUCUCCUCCCUCUCAAACUGUUGUCGGCACUGACAAUAGUACUUGUAGAUUGGAGCUGGCUGCCAGCAAGCCAAAGAGAGGCGGUAUGAGGGGAGGUUCUAAGGCCAGGGGAUCAUGGAAGAUUCCCAGCAUGAUAUUGCCAAAAUGGGAGGCUGCCGCAGAUUGGAAGCUAGUCAACCCCACUGGGACUUUGAAGGAGUACGAGGCAGCGUGGAGCAAUGUCAUCUCGAAAGACCAGGUACAAUUACCGAUGUAUCAGAAACGUGCCUCUGUUCGUCGUGAAGCCACCGAGAAGAAAUAG